AUGUCCCCUGCUGUAUUAAAGGAAUCAAUCCCCCCAGAAAUAGUUUAUCAAAUAUUAACAUAUCAAUUUAGAGAUUUUAUGAAUAAUGAUUAUCCAAAUAGUCCAGAAAAGUUUAAUGAAAAUUUAAGGACUUUUCUUAGAAGCAAUUUAACUGUAAGCAAAACAUUUUAUCAUAUUUGUAGAGUUUUAGUAUAUCGGUAUUGUAAUUUCACAACUGCCAAGAGGUUCAAGGAUCUUCUAAGAACUAUUAAACAUAAUCCUAGUUUAAGUAAUGCUGUAGAAAUUGCUGAUUUCCAAGAAUUGACAUCAAUUGGGUUAGGUAGAACGGAAGAAAUGAAUAAAAUGAUCAAGAAUUUAACUAAUGAAACUUUAUUGGAGUAUUUAUAUCUUACAAGAAAGAGUUUAAGAGAAUUUCUAGCUUGUGAACAUAUUCAAAAUGAUUUGGAUUCUAAAAUCAUUUAUUUCUUACUAAAAUCUGGAACAGUUUUAAGUGUUAUAGACUUUUGUGGUUGUUCUGGUGCCACUUUUACAGAAAAUUUUAUUAAAGCUGUAAAUAAAUUAUAUCCAGACACUAAUCCAACUCAACCAUUUAGGCAAAAUUAUCAAGUUACUUGCCUUGGUUUGAAUGAUUGUACAGAUUUGCCCCCUGCUACUAUUGGUAAGACUUUAAAACUAUUCCCAGAAUUACAAAAAUUGGAUUUGGCUCAUACAUCUAUUGAUGAUGAAAUAUUAAAUAGUCUACCUCAUUUUAAAAAUUUAACCCAUAUAUCAUUAUCUAUGUGUAGUCAAUUAACUCCAAGAGGUGUCUUGGAAUUUUUUGCCCAUUCGUCCACAAUUACUGACGAAAAUUCAACUUCUUUACAAUGGUUAAACUUAAGAGUCUCAAGGACUUCAUCAAGUUGGACGGAGGUCCAUACGAUGUUUUUAUUAAAAAAAUUAUGCCAAUAUGGUCAUAAUAAGACUUUACAAUAUUUAAACAUUGGAGGUUUACCCUUACAUGAAUCAAAUGAUUUUACUUUAACUCCAGGUCAAUUUUAUAUUCAAACUACUGAUAGUUUACAGUUUAUUAAAUGGAACUUCCCUGCUUUAAAGAGUUUAAGUAUUAGAGAUAAUGAUAUUUCCGUUGAAAGAUUAUCACAUUUCUUAUCACCAAUCAAUGUCUCUGGUGAUGACGAUACCGAUUCUAAUGUGGAUGAUAAAGACACUGUUCAUAUUGAAUGUAAACAAAAAUUGAAAUUUAUAAAUAUUUCAGGUAAUUCACAAAUUAAUAAAUGGACAAUUCAAGAUUCUUCAAUUUACACAUCAUGUCCAACUUUGGUGGCUAUUGAAGUAUCAUUUGAUGCUUGGAAAUACAUUGAAAAAUCCAAUGAAAGACAUGAAAUAACAACAUUUAUUUAUAAAGAUUCAUCCUCUAUCAUUAAGGAUAUUGCAGAUGCUAAAGUGGUAAAAUGGAAAUGUUAUUUAGAUAACUCAUAUGGUAGAAGAUAUUGGAUUUAUAAAAUAGAUCCUUAUAUCAAUAGAGGCGAUUUAGAUACAAUUGCUAAUGUUACUAAAUAUGAUGACAGUGGUAAUAAAAUAGUGGAAGUUAUUAAGCAGCCUGAUUUCUUAAAAUUUGCUCAAACUAAACUAAUGCUUGGAGUUGGACUAUUACCACAAACCAGAUACAGACGUAAGAGAUGUUAUAGAGAUUUUAAACCUCAAAUAUCCAAUUUUUUUACGAGAAAAGGUGGCGUCACAGUAGGUCAUCAUGACUCACCAAUUGUUGCCCCGCUAUUGCCACCUGGUGGUUGGAGAUUAAUGAAUAACGAUGAUGAAUCUGAUUCAGAUUUAGAUAUGAGCUCUUCUCACAGUAAUGAGUACGAUUCUAUUCCAGAAGUACCAGUUCCAAGCCGUGAACCUUCAAGAGUCAUACCCAACGAUUCAUAUGUCACCACAGAUAUAAGCAGAAUGUCUUUAAAUGGUGCAAGAUCUCAGCGGAGCAUUUUCCAAAGUGGGUUAUUUUGGGAUCGUUCUAUGCAUGACCUAUCUCAAUUAUCUUCACAGCAAGAAUCUGUAGAACCUUUAGAAGAAGGUAGAGAACAAACAGAUGACGAAUAUUUCAGUGUGCCAGAAAUUGAAAGAAGAAGGUCACAAUUCAAUUUGCUAAAAUCACAUUUCUCUCAUCCUUCAGUUAAUAUUUUUGGUUCUACACAAUUAGAUUCUCCAAAUUUGAAUGCAAAGCCAAAACGUUAUUACAUCGAUAACCCUCAAGAGUUUGUGUAUGACACUGAGGACUCUGAAAUGACUAGAAGAUAUCGUGCUCAUUUUGAAAUCAUGAACGAAUAUGCAGUAUUUGGUACUGUAGAAAGAGGAAUGUAUCGUUAUUAUAGUCUAAAAACUUAA